AUGGGCCCAAAACGAUGCCAUAAGCUGCAACCGAGUCGACGGCAUCCACCACGUGAUCAAGCACGGAGUGCGCUUUGUCGCGGUGGCGACACCAGCCCCGAUCGCGCGCACGAGUCUUCUGGAGCUCGUCAGCGCCUUUGACGCGUACGUGACGUCGGCGUCCGGACGCAUGGCGGGACGGGCACCAACCCUUUAUGCGUGCGCAGCGUUUGAGCGCGAGAUGCACCGAGUGCUCGCAAAGUACACGGGGACCAUGGCCGAGUAUGACGUCGUGCUCCACGAGAUGUGGGGCCAUCGCGCCUUUCGUCACAACCUCGUCGAGGUGGUCGGUCCGAUGCUGUUGCGAUUAGAUGCCGACGCAUUGCAGCGUCGAUUCCCGCACGUCCAAAUCGCACUGUUGGACAUGGAGCCCGCAGGACUUCGUGCACAGUGGAGAGCGUCCUUUACGCGGCGGGUAGGCCCUGCACGCGGCGUGUACGUUGCC